CAUUUGAUUCGCGUCAUUGAAAUUUGAAAUUCUUAUUGUCGCUUGACUGUGAACGACUUUAUUGUUAGUGGGAUUUGAAUUGACGAACGUUGAGUUUUAUUCUCUUUGAUAUUCGAAUUUAAUUUAUUAUUAGAAAUGGAUAAUUCCAAUGAUCUCACGGUUGAAAUAAAUAGUCCUGCUUUCAUUCAAGCUUUGGAAUCUUGCUUGAUCGUUCGUGUAUCUACAAGUCUGCAGAUUAUAGAGGAAGGUAAAACGCAGAUUCAAGUGUUUAAGGAUAAAGUACGACAUGGUAUGGCUAAACGGAAAAACAUGAAGAAAGAGAAACAGGAGGUCGAGGAUAAAAAAUCCAUCUUGGAAUCAGCUCUGAAAAGAUUGGAAUUAUGCAACAAGAACACCUCCCAGAAUCUAAUGAUGAUAACAGCCAAUGUCGAUGUCGAUAACAGAUUUAAUUAUCUAAUGGAAAAGGCGAAUAUUGAAAAAAUCGAGAGGAAUAAAAUCAUUUGGGAAAAUUACAGGGCUGAAUUUGAGAAAUUUCCAUUAGCCGUAACUCGAGAAAAUGCAAGAAUAGAAAUGGAGAAGAUUCGGAUUAAAGUCAUGAUGGCGAGAUACAAUUUAAAUGAAUUCAUGAAAGCUGUGAAUCAAAGAAGAAUCGUCGAGCAGAUUAAAAUUCACAACGUAGGUAUUGAGUGUGCUCAAUUGUGGAAAAAGCGCGAUGACAGAGAAAAGAGGCUCAUCAGUUUAAAUGAAGCGAACAAGGCACUCGGGGAGGAAUUGAUAAAUAUCCAAACUCAGUUAAAGACACUGUUGACAAAACGAGGAAGAGAAGCCAAAACUAAAAUAACAGCGCGAAUGCAAAUGCCACCGCCAUUUGAUUUAAAAUUUAUGAUGUCCAUUUACAAAGCGUCAUCGUCGACCUCAUCAGUUAAUGAUUUACCAAGGAUGUCACGAGAUAAAGCAAAAGAAUUUUCUGACACGAGUUCCGUGAAUACUUUAAUACUCGAAGAGAUGCUGGAGGAGAAUAAUGACGAAUUUAUAGAGGAACAAGAAAAUCCAUCGUUAUCUACGCCAGUGAUAGUAACACCAAUGGAAACACAAACUGCGAUUGACAGUCCAAUACAAACACAAACUCCAAUCCGACCUGUAGGAGUACACCGGGAAACAGAGGUUGACUUCGCGAAAAAUCAUAACCACGUGCGAAUGGAAACGCAGUGUAGUGAUUUACAAAUGAAAAAUGCACAAGAACCUCUUCGACAAGGAAACCAAUACCGCGAAAGCAUCUCCGGGGAAGAAGCAAAGCGUCAUAGAACAGAAAGUAAUGAGGAAAAAGAUAAAGCUUGCGAGAGGGAAACCAAGAAGGCCAAACUUGUCCAGGAUGCAACGAGUAGAUCCCCAAUGGCUAAAAAAGUCGAGGAAAUAAAAUUAGUACGUAAAGUGCCACCGUUGAAAAUGAUUAUGAAAACUGUGAAUUUUCAAUUGCCGCAAAGACCAAAAAGUCCUGUGACGAAUUCUGGGUCUUUGAAAUAUUUCCCUGUCAAAGAUACAGAAAUCAAUUUUGAAGAUAACGUUUCAGAUGCUCUAGGAAGUAUCGCUGAGUCUUCCAGAAAUGAUCCAUCCUUUUCAGGUUUGCUGGACUCGAUGGUUGGAAGCGGUAAUUCUCUUUCGGGUGCUUGCCAAUUCACGCCACCUCGUAUCACAGAUUCGGAAAUGGGUUCAUUUUCCAGUACAGAUUUUCGAGUUUCUGAAAAUUAUGACGGAAGCGAAACACCUUUUGCCUCUCGUUCAGAAAAAUCAUUCCUUUUAGCCAAAUCCACUUCACCACAACACGGAGCUUGUUGGCACAGUGCUCUAAGAGCAAUAAAGAAUAGCUGUGAUAAAUUGAAUGAUCACGAACAUUCUUUGCUUGCUCUCCGACUAGCAAAUUGUUUCUUAGAAGAUUCUGGUCAUACCACUUACAACUGUCACUUGAGUGAAAUGGAAGCUGAAAGAAGAGAGUGUAUAAACAAAAUGUCAGAUAGAGCAUUCAGUGUGUAUAAUGAAUUUUAUACGCAUACCACGCAUGUUUGUUUCUUUCUGAAUCAUGAAGUAUGGCAAACUGAGACGGAGAACACUAUUAGGCACUUAUAUCAAGCUUCAUCACGGAUGAAAGAGCAGCUCAUGGAAGCUUCGGAAGUGCAGGGUGCGAUGUUGGAAAGUCAGAGAGAAGGAUUGAAAAUUCAAAAUGAAUUGUUAGAUAAUGGAAAACAACUUGGAACUGUCAUUAAGUCAUCUGCUGAAACUGUCAGCAGUAUGGUCAUAGAUUUCAAAGAGUCAGCCAACGACCAAAAGGAACUUCUACAUCAAAUAUUUUCUCAUAUACAAACUUUUCAAAAUUGGAUCAUGGGCGAAGUUUCCUGGUUUCAGUCUAUUAUAUAUUACAUGGUGAGCUGCAUUCUCUGUGCAUUAUUUAGUUCAACCAAGCGAACUGGUGAAGCUAGAGUUACGUUGUUCACAAUACUGAGUUUUAAUGUUGUUGUUGAGAGAAUGCUUGUUCAAUAUUAUAAUAAUACCACGACACGUUCUGUUAACGACAAGAUUCAACUAGUAUAUAUUACCUGGCUAUUUCGUAAGGCUUCCUUGAGCUUGUGCCUUCUGAUACUCCUUUAUUCAUAUUAUGUGUAUAAAGAUGAACAAGUCGAAAAUUAUAAAGCACUCAGGCGUAUUGAGCAUCAAUUGAAUAAUUUGUAUGAAGUCAACCAGCCCAUUCGUUACUCAAAACGAUUGGCUCUUCGGCGUUUGAAGAACACGCCAGAGAAAGUUAUCUGUUGUGAACAGUUGAAGGAACAUCAAUCAAUUCAAUGUACAAUGAAUAUACUUUAGAUACAGUAAGAUGUACACUCGUGUUACAGAAACA